AUGCUGAAGCUGCCCCUGGGGGUUGAGUGUCCGGCUCCGAGCCUGGGGCCUUUCUCCCGGUACCGCCUCGGCCCCGCGCUGGUAAGUGAAUCCCUGGUUUCACUGACCUCCCUUUCGGUUUUCUAGGCGGUCAGUGCGUUGGCUGGAGUUCAGGACCAGCUCAUUGAGAAGCGGGAGCCGGGCAGUGGCACGGAAAGUGACACUUCUCCAGACUUCCACAACCAAGAGAAUGAGCCCAGCCAGGAGGAUGCUGAAGAGCUGGAUGGGUCUGUGCAGGGGGUGAAACCCCAGAAAGCUGCUUCCUCCACUUCUUCUGGGAGCCACCACAGCAGCCACAAAAAACGGAAGAACAAAAAUCGGCACAGCCCGUCUGGCAUGUUUGAUUAUGACUUUGAGAUUGAUCUCAAGUUAAACAAAAAGCCAAGAGCCGUAAGUAUCAGUGCUCUGUCAUUGUUUUCAUUGCUCAUCUGUAGACUUGAGUGGCUGACUGACUCCUAAGCUUAUAAAGCCUCCCUCUGCUGUAAUUUAAGACCUUAUUUUCAUGGUUGAGGAAUAUCGUGGUAUGAACUAAGCAUUGUCUCGUGGAUUUAACAGUAAAUCAGCCCAGGCAGGCUCGUGGUGAGGCUAGGUCACAGUUAAGUCCUGUGCACUUUUGAUGAAAAAAGCUGGUUUGCAUCCUGUUGUCACGAUCUGGAACGUUAGAAGCAUCCGGUUUUGGUGGUUGUGUUCUUGACCUGAGGUUCUGAAGGGUCCUUUCUUUUGAAUGUUUAGCUACAAGAAAAAAAAAAAAAAAAUCUCUUUUUCUGUUUUGCCUGCAACUAAUGGUGUGUAGAAAUGAGAGAAGGCUGAGAAUCCCACCUCUGCAAGCAGAACUGAAGGCAGAAAGGUCAUGACGUGCCUGUCCUUUGCU